AUGUCAAUAUCGAAAUAAUUUCACCUUUAAUUAUCACAAUCACCAAGAUCUAUUAAUAAAACCUCUUUAAAAUAUGAUCUUGCUUUACUAGGUUAAAGUGAAAGAUUGAUAAAGUAACCUUAAAUUGCUCCUUAAAAACGUCAUAGAAGUAUAAUGAAACAGCAAUUAUUUCUUAAAACUUAAAUAUAAAAUUCAUCAUUAAAUAAGUCAAAUGAAGACUUUUUAUUUAAGAAACAGAAUUAAAAUUAAAUCUCCUUUUAAGAAUAAUUAAUUAUGAAAGAUUUGCUAAUAUAAGAGUACGAAAAAAAAUAUAAGGAUCAAGUAAUUGUAAUUUUAGAAAUUUAGAUUAGUAUUUGUUAAUAAUUGACUUUUUAAGUUGAAUAAUAGAAAGAGUUGAUUGAUUAAUUGUAAUUGCAAAUUAAUCAUCUAAAACUAUAUAAUUUAGAUCUUAAAAAAUAGAUUGAUAAUAGUAUUUUACAUCAAUAAUGCAAUUAAAAAUAGCAAGAAUACAAAGAUUAAUUAAAGAGAUUUGAUGAAAUUCUUAGAUAAACAAUGGAUUAAAAUUAUACUACUUAAUAAAAGAUUAAAGAUUUUGAACUUAAAUCUUAAAAACUUAAACAGUAAUCAGUAAAUACUUAAAUAAUAUUUAGAAUGAUUUAAAAUAUCAUAUUAUAUGUAAGAAUUGCAAUGCUUAAAUUAAGAAUGCAGUUACUUUGAUACCUUGUGCACAUACAUUUUGUAAUAGAUGUAUUAGUAAUUUUAAGGGAUAGUGUUUUGUAUGUUUAGAUUAAGUAAGAUUUUAAUAAUUAAUUAUAGAGUAAAGUUACAGCCACAUAUUCCAAUGAUUAUAUAACAGAUUUGGCUUAAAUAUACUAAACUUUAGAAUCUUUAAUAAGUGUAAUAUAAUGA